CUGUGCAAAGCAGUUAUAAUUAAUGUGCAUCUAGAUCUAGAUCUAGCUAGCUUGUAGCGAUUGCACAUAUUUGUUGAAAUAUGUGGCAUUCAUCUUGUGCAAAGCUAUCUGUUCUUGUGAUACUUCGUUUAUUUAGUGGUAUCACUGGUCAAGUUUUGCCAGUGGUGACGCCAUCUGAACAAUUUGUCCAGAAUGGAGGUGGACCCCUCACUGUGAGCUGCAACACUGCAAGUCUUGCAACUGAGGAUCAAGUACAAUGGAUAAAACUCAAUAGUGCUGACUUAGAAGCUUUCCAGAUGGCAAGUUCUACUGAGUGCGUUUCAGCGAUGUCUAGUGGUAGCGGUGAUGGUGACAAAGGAAGCAGUGGCUCUGGCUCUGGCACUGGCACUGGCUCUCCGCCCAACAGCAGCGGAUUUGGGACUUCACUUGGAUCGAGCAGCAGAUCUGGGAGUAUGCUCGGCUCUGGUUCUGGCUCUGUCACAAACUCUACUGCUUCACCGGUUCUGCCCUCCUUUUUGGCAAAUGGUUCAGUAGUUACUAUGGGGAGUAAUUUGACUUUCAAUUCCACACAUUUUGGAGAUGAGGGAUACUAUGUGUGUGUUGUAUCUCUUCCUGAUAGGAUUUGCUACUCUGAAAAUUUCAGCCUAACAGUUUCCCCUGGUGACCUAUCUGUGAAUGCUACACCCUUCAACGUGGUAAAUUUCAAUGAGGAUGUCAACCUCACUUGCUCUGCUCGUGGUGGACCCAAUAAUGUGUACCAAUGGCUGAGAAAUGGAAUGAACACUACUAUAAGGAGUCAACCUACACUAUCUCUCUCUCUAGUUGAUGCUAGUGAUGGAGGGGAGUACACCUGUGUUGUCAGCAACGCUGCCGGCAUUAGCAACGCUAGUCUCACACUGUACAUUCGACCAUACAUUGUAACUCAUCCACAACAAAUACUAGCAACUGUCCCAGAAUCAGUUUCAUUUACUUGCAAGGCUUUGGGAUUCCCUGCACCUAACUAUCGAUGGGACAAGAUUGGUGAUCCCGGGUUUAAACGCUUUACACAAAAUCUCACCUUCAAUCCUGUCAAUUUUGGUAAUGAAGGAUUAUACCAAUGUGUUGUUUCAAUCAUGGUGGACAUGAUCAAUUACACUGCAGAGUCUAAUCAAGGAGAAUUGAUAUUUUCCCCUGGUGACCUAUCUGUGAAUGCUACACCCUUCAACGUGGUAAAUUUCGAUAAGGAUGUCAAUCUCACUUGCUCUGCUCGUGGUGGACCCAAUAAUGUGUACCAAUGGCUGAGAAAUGGAAUGAACACUACUGUAGGGAGUCAACCCACACUAUCUCUCUCUCUAGUUGAUGCUAGUGAUGGAGGGGAGUACACCUGUGUUGUCAGCAACGCUGCCGGCAUUAGCAACGCUAGUCUUACACUGUACAUUCGACCAUACAUUGUAACUCAUCCACAACAAAUACUAGCAACUGUCCCAGAAUCAGUUUCAUUUACUUGCAAGGCUUUGGGAUUCCCUGCACUUAACUAUCGAUGGGACAAGAUUGGUGAUCCCGGGUUUAAACGCUUUACACAAAAUCUCACCUUCAAUCCUGUCAAUUUUGGUAAUGAAGGAUUAUACCAAUGUGUUGUUUCAAUCAUGGUGGACAUGAUCAAUUACACUGCAAAGUCUAAUCAAGGAGAAUUGAUAUUGACUCCUGGUGAAGUAAUGAUUGACGCAAGUCCAUCUAAUGUUGGUGUGCUGAAUGAAAAUGUCACACUAAAUUGCUCUGCAAGUGGUGGAACUGAUAACCUCCAGUGGCAAAGAAACGGAAUCAAUCUUCCUGGAGAAAUGCAGUCUACACUACUUCUCACUUCAGUUAAUGCUAGUGAUGGAGGAGAGUACACUUGUGUUGUCGGUAAUGCAGCUGGUAAUGGCAGUACCAAUUUCACUCUCUACAUUCAUCCAUAUUUUGUGACUAAUCCACAACGUCAGCUACUUCGAACUGUGGCUAGCAGUGCAACAUUCACUUGUGAAGCUUCUGCGUUCCCUGCACCUGACUAUCGUUGGGACAAAAUUGGAGAUGUGGGGUUCGAUAAUCUUGACCGCUUUAGACAAAACUUCUCCUUUAAUCCUAUUGCUUUUGGCAAUGAAGGCAACUACGUAUGUGUUGCUUCAAUCAUUGUGGACAAUAUCAACUACACGGCAGAAUCUAAACCAGGAGAGCUCAUUUUAUCACCUGAGACUAGUGUGUCUGUCACACCUAGUAUGUCUAGAACAGUUCAAAGAGAUACUCAAACGUUCACCUGCUCUGCCAUGGGUGGUCCUGGAAACAUGUUCUCAUGGAGGAGACUGUACGAUAACGAAAUUGUGGGGGACAUGUCUAAUCUAACUGUGAAUGUGAGUGGAGCCACAGACGGUGGGCAGUACAAGUGUGAAGUCACCAACAUAGCAGGCAGUGAUUCUGAUAAUACUACUGUAUACGUUGGUCCGAUCAUUGACACUCCCCCUUUAUCUAAGAAUGUGAGCAUCUCUGAAUCAUCCACUUUCACCUGUUCGGCCAGUGGAUUUCCAGUACCUACCAUCAUCUGGGUCCACAACGGAACACAGAAUCGGGAUGAUGAGAAUCGCACUACUGUGUUAUGUACCAUGGGAGACAGAUCUGUGACCAGCACCCUCACCAUCAACAUGGCUAUGGUUAAUGACUCUGGGGAGUACGUCUGCAAUGCUAGUAGUCCAAACUAUGACACUGUGUCAACGGACCCUGUCAUUUUAUUGGUACAAGCAACUCCCGAAAGACCACAGAAUGUGACAGCUGUAGAAGUGACAACAAAUAGUGUGAUAUUGGAGUGGGUGGAGCCUCAUGACAAUAAUGCCCCCAUCCGUGAUUACAAAGUCUCCUACACCAGACCAUCUUUUCUUGGAGGGACUGCCAUGACUAUCAACAGCACAGUGGAGACUGUAAACAUCACUGGACUACACCCUGGAGCCGCUUACGUCUUCAAAGUGGUUGCUUUCAAUGACAUCGGGGAAAGUCCAUCUGGUAACGUCAUGGUCACUACUGUGAAAACAGUCCCAACAAACCCUCCUGAGAAUGUAAUGAUCACUGUGCUAUCAUUCACUGAGAUCCAAGUGAACUGGACUGAAGUUCCCAUGGUGCAUCGAAAUGGAAUAAUUACCACAUAUGAAGUGAUGUACGAACCACUGAUGACGUUUGAUAUACUCACUGCAGCCAGAGUGAACACUACAAAUGUUUCUACUGUUCUUACUGGACUGGAAGAGAAUUUAGAGUACAAUGUUUCCGUGAGAGCUUAUACAAGUGUGGGCCCUGGACCUUAUAGCCCAGAGGAUAUGGAAAUUACUUUUGAAGAUGCUCCUGCUAGUCCACCUCAGAAUGUGACGGCUACUGUGUUGUCUUCUACUGAGAUCCAAGUGAACUGGACUGAAGUUGCUGAGAUAGACCAGAAUGGAAUCAUCACUGAAUAUGAAGUCAUGUAUGAGCCACUAAUGACAUUUGGUGUGCUCAAUAGAACAACAAUAAGAACAAUGAAGUUGUUUACUGUUCUCUAUGAGCUUGAAGAGUAUGUGGAGUACAACAUAUCAGUUAGAGCAUACACAUAUGUGGGACCAGGACCUUACAGUGUCGGUAUUAUAAACAUAACAUUUGAAGAUUUGCCAAGUUCUUCACCUAAUAAUGUCAGUGCUACGGCAGUGUCUUCCACUGAGAUCAGUGUGAUGUGGCAAGAAGUUGCAGCAAUUGACCGAAAUGGAAACAUCACUCAGUAUGAAAUAACAUACAAUGGAGAGUUUGAGCAAAGUAAUGUCACUGAUGGAAAUGCACGAAGUUUCAUUAUUACUGGAUUGGAUGAGUUUGCAAACUACAGUAUCUCGGUGAGAGCUUACACCAGUGUGGGACCUGGACCUUACAGCCCAUUUGCAUUGGAAACUAUACAUGGAGAUAUUUCCCCUGGUGACCUAUCUGUGAAUGCCACACCCUUCAACGUGGUAAAUUUCGAUAAGGAUGUCAAUCUCACUUGCUCUGCUCGUGGUGGACCCAAUAAUGUGUACCAAUGGCUGAGAAAUGGAAUGAACACUACUAUAGGGAGUCAACCCACACUAUCUCUCUCUCUAGUUGAUGCUAGUGAUGGAGGCGAGUACACCUGUGUUGUCAGCAACGCUGCCGGCAUUAGCAACGCUAGUCUCACACUGUACAUUCAACCAUACAUUGUAUCUCAUCCACAACAAAUACUAGCAACUGUCCCAGGAUCAGUUUCAUUUACUUGCGAGGCUUUGGGAUUCCCUGCACCUAACUAUCGAUGGGACAAGAUUGGUGAUCCUGAGUUUAAACGCUUUACACAAAAUCUCACCUUCAAUCCUGUCAAUUUUGGUAAUGAAGGAUUAUACCAAUGUGUUGCUUCAAUCAUGGUGGACAUGAUCAAUUACACUGCAAAGUCUAAUCAAGGAGAAUUGAUAUUGACUCCUGGUGAAGUAAUGAUUGACGCAAGUCCAUCUAAUGUUGGUGUGCUGAAUGAAAAUGUCACACUAAAUUGCUCUACAAGUGGUGGAACUGAUAACCUCCAGUGGCAAAGAAACGGAAUCAAUCUUCCUGGAGAAAUGCAGUCUACACUACUUCUCACUUCAGUUAAUGCUAGUGAUGGAGGAGAGUACACUUGUGUUGUCGGUAAUGCAGCUGGUAAUGGCAGUACCAAUUUCACUCUCUACAUUCAUCCAUAUUUUGUGACUAAUCCACAACGUCAGCUACUUCGAACUGUGGCUAGCAGUGCAACAUUCACUUGUGAAGCUUCUGCGUUCCCUGCACCUGACUAUCGUUGGGACAAAAUUGGAGAUGUGGGGUUCGAUAAUCUUGACCGCUUUAGACAAAACUUCUCCUUUAAUCCUAUUGCUUUUGGCAAUGAAGGCAACUACGUAUGUGUUGCUUCAAUCAUUGUGGACAAUAUCAACUACACGGCAGAAUCUAAACCAGGAGAGCUCAUUUUAUCACCUGAGACUAGUGUGUCUGUCACACCUAGUAUGUCUAGAACAGUUCAAAGAGAUACUCAAACGUUCACCUGCUCUGCCAUGGGUGGUCCUGGAAACAUGUUCUCAUGGAGGAAACUGUACGAUAACGAAAUUGUGGGGGACAUGUCUAAUCUAACUGUGAAUGUGAGUGGAGCCACAGACGGUGGGCAGUACAAGUGUGAAGUCACCAACAUAGCAGGCAGUGAUUCUGAUAAUACUACUGUAUACGUUGGUCCGAUCAUUGACACUCCCCCUUUAUCUAAGAAUGUGAGCAUCUCUGAAUCAUCCACUUUCACCUGUUCGGCCAGUGGAUUUCCAGUACCUACCAUCAUCUGGGUCCACAACGGAACACAGAAUCGGGAUGAUGAGAAUCGCACUACUGUGUUAUGUACCAUGGGAGACAGAUCUGUGACCAGCACCCUCACCAUCAACAUGGCUAUGGUUAAUGACUCUGGGGAGUACGUCUGCAAUGCUAGUAGUCCAAACUAUGACACUGUGUCAACGGACCCUGUCAUUUUAUUGGUACAAGCAACUCCCGAAAGACCACAGAAUGUGACAGCUGUAGAAGUGACAACAAAUAGUGUGAUAUUGGAGUGGGUGGAGCCUCAUGACAAUAAUGCCCCCAUCCGUGAUUACAAAGUCUCCUACACCAGACCAUCUUUUCUUGGAGGGACUGCCAUGACUAUCAACAGCACAGUGGAGACUGUAAACAUCACUGGACUACACCCUGGAGCCGCUUACGUCUUCAAAGUGGUUGCUUUCAAUGACAUCGGGGAAAGUCCAUCUGGUAACGUCAUGGUCACUACUGUGAAAACAGUCCCAACAAACCCUCCUGAGAAUGUAAUGAUCACUGUGCUAUCAUCCACUGAGAUCCAAGUGAACUGGACUGAAGUUCCCAUGAUGCAUCGAAAUGGAAUAAUUACCACAUAUGAAGUGAUGUACGAACCACUGAUGACGUUUGAUAUACUCACUGCAGCCAGAGUGAACACUACAAAUGUUUCUACUGUUCUUACUGGACUGGAAGAGAAUUUAGAGUACAAUGUUUCCGUGAGAGCUUAUACAAGUGUGGGCCCUGGACCUUAUAGCCCAGAGGAUAUGGAAAUUACUUUUGAAGAUGCUCCUGCUAGUCCACCUCAGAAUGUGACGGCUACUGUGUUGUCUUCUACUGAGAUCCAAGUGAACUGGACUGAAGUUGCUGAGAUAGACCAGAAUGGAAUCAUCACUGAAUAUGAAGUCAUGUAUGAGCCACUAAUGACAUUUGGUGUGCUCAAUAGAACAACAAUAAGAACAAUGAAGUUGUUUACUGUUCUCUAUGAGCUUGAAGAGUAUGUGGAGUACAACAUAUCAGUUAGAGCAUACACAUAUGUGGGACCAGGACCUUACAGUGUCGGUAUUAUAAACAUAACAUUUGAAGAUUUGCCAAGUUCUUCACCUAAUAAUGUCAGUGCUACGGCAGUGUCUUCCACUGAGAUCAGUGUGAUGUGGCAAGAAGUUGCAGCAAUUGACCGAAAUGGAAACAUCACUCAGUAUGAAAUAACAUACAAUGGAGAGUUUGAGCAAAGUAAUGUCACUGAUGGAAAUGCACGAAGUUUCAUUAUUACUGGAUUGGAUGAGUUUGCAAACUACAGUAUCUCGGUGAGAGCUUACACCAGUGUGGGACCUGGACCUUACAGCCCAUUUGCAUUGGAAACUAUACAUGGAGAUAUUUCCCCUGGUGACCUAUCUGUGAAUGCCACACCCUUCAACGUGGUAAAUUUCGAUAAGGAUGUCAAUCUCACUUGCUCUGCUCGUGGUGGACCCAAUAAUGUGUACCAAUGGCUGAGAAAUGGAAUGAACACUACUAUAGGGAGUCAACCCACACUAUCUCUCUCUCUAGUUGAUGCUAGUGAUGGAGGCGAGUACACCUGUGUUGUCAGCAACGCUGCCGGCAUUAGCAACGCUAGUCUCACACUGUACAUUCAACCAUACAUUGUAUCUCAUCCACAACAAAUACUAGCAACUGUCCCAGGAUCAGUUUCAUUUACUUGCGAGGCUUUGGGAUUCCCUGCACCUAACUAUCGAUGGGACAAGAUUGGUGAUCCUGAGUUUAAACGCUUUACACAAAAUCUCACCUUCAAUCCUGUCAAUUUUGGUAAUGAAGGAUUAUACCAAUGUGUUGCUUCAAUCAUGGUGGACAUGAUCAAUUACACUGCAAAGUCUAAUCAAGGAGAAUUGAUAUUGACUCCUGGUGAAGUAAUGAUUGACGCAAGUCCAUCUAAUGUUGGUGUGCUGAAUGAAAAUGUCACACUAAAUUGCUCUGCAAGUGGUGGAAUUGAUAACCUCCAGUGGCAAAGAAACGGAAUCAAUCUUCCUAGAGAAAUGCAGUCUACACUACUUCUCACUUCAGUUAAUGCUAGUGAUGGAGGAGAGUACACUUGUGUUGUCGGUAAUGCAGCUGGUAAUGGCAGUACCAAUUUCACUCUCUACAUUCAUCCAUACAUUGUGGCUAAUCCACAACGUCAGCUACUUCGAACUGUGGCUAGCAGUGCAACAUUCACCUGUGAAGCUUCUGCGUUCCCUGCACCUGACUAUCGUUGGGACAAAGUUGGAGAUGUGGGGUUCGAUAAUCUUGACCGCUUUAGACAAAACUUCUCCUUUAAUCCUAUUGCUUUUGGUAAUGAAGGCAACUACAUAUGUGUUGCUUCGAUCAUUGUGGACAAUAUCAACUACACGGCAGAAUCUAAACCAGGAGAGCUUAUUUUAUCACCUGAGACUAGUGUGUCUAUCACACCUAGUAUGUCUAGAACAGUUCAAGGAGACACUCAGAAGUUCACCUGCUCUGCCAUGGGUGGUCCUGGAAACAUUUUCUCAUGGAGGAGACUGUACGAUAACAAAAUUGUGGGGGACAUGUCUAAUCUAGCUGUGAAUGUGAGUGGAGCCACAGACGGUGGGCAGUACAAGUGUGAAGUCACCAACAUAGCAGGCAGUGAUUCUGAUAAUACUACUGUAUACGUUGGUCCGAUCAUUAACACUCCCCCUUUAUCUGUGAAUGUGAGCAUCUCUGAAUUAUCCACUUUCACCUGUUUGGCCAGUGGAUUUCCAGUACCUACCAUCAUCUGGGUCCACAAUGGAACACAGAAUCGGGAUGAUGAGAAUCGCACUACUGUGUUAUGUACCAUGGGAGACAGAUCUGUGACCAGCACCCUCACCAUCAACAUGGCUAUGGUUAAUGAUUCUGGGGAGUACGUCUGCAAUGCUAGUAGUCCAAACUAUGACACUGUGUCAACGGACCCUGUCAUUUUAUUAGUACAAGCAACUCCCGAAAGACCACAGAAUGUGACAGCUGUAGAAGUGACAACAACUAGUGUGAUAUUGGAGUGGGUGGAGCCUCAUGACAACAAUGCCCCCAUCCGUGGUUACAAAGUCUCCUACACCAGACCAUCUUUUCUUGGAGGGACUGCCAUGACUAUCAACAGCACAGUGGAGACUGUAACCAUCACUGGACUACACCCUGGAGCCGCUUACGUCUUCAAAGUGGUUGCUUUCAAUGACAUCGGAGAAAGUCCAUCUGAUAACGUCAUGGUCACUACUGUGGAAACAGUCCCAACAAACCCUCCUGAGAAUGUAAUGAUCACUGUGCUAUCAUCCACUGAGAUCCAAGUGAACUGGACUGAAGUUCCUAUGAUGCAUCGAAAUGGAAUAAUUACCACAUAUGAAGUGAUGUACGAACCACUGAUGACGUUUGAUGUACUCACUGCAGCCAGAGUGAACAUUACAAAUGUUUCUUCUGUUCUUACUGGACUGGAAGAGAAUUUAGAGUACAAUGUUUCCGUGAGAGCUUAUACAAGUGUGGGCCCUGGACCUUAUAGCCCAGAGGAUAUGGAAAUUACUUUUAAAGAUGCUCCUGCUAGUCCACCUCAGAAUGUGACGGCUACUGUGUUGUCCUCUACUGAAAUCCAAGUGAACUGGACUGAAGUUUCUGAGAUAUAUCAGAAUGGAAUCAUCACUGAAUAUGACGUCAUGUAUGAGCCACUAAUGACAUUUGGUGUGCUCAAUAGAACAACAAUAAGAACAAUGAACUUGUUUACUGUUCUCUAUGAGCUUGAAGAGUAUGUGGAGUACAACAUAUCAGUUAGAGCAUACACAUGUGUGGGACCAGGACCCUACAGUGUCGGAACUAUGAACAUAACAUUUGAAGAUGUGCCAAGUUCUUCACCUAGUAAUGUCAGUGCUACGGCAGUGUCUUCCACUGAGAUCAGUGUGAUGUGGCAAGAAGUUGCAGCAAUUGACCAAAAUGGAAACAUCACUCAGUAUGAAAUAACGUACAAUAGAGAGUUUGAGAAUCAAAGUAACUUCACUGAUGGAAACGCACGAAGUUUCAUUAUCACUGGAUUGGACGAGUUUGCAAACUACAGUAUCUCGGUGAGAGCUUACACCAGUGUGGGACCUGGACCCUAUAGUCCAAUUGCAGUGGAAGCUACUGACGAAGAUACUCCUGCCAGUCCUCCUCAGAAUGUGAUGACUACUGUGUUAUCUUCCACUGAGAUUCUGGUCAAUUGGACUGAAGUUCCUGAGAUAGACCAGAAUGGAUUGAUCGUUACAUAUGAAGUAAUGUAUGACCCGCUAAUGACGUUCAAUGGGAUGCUCAGUAGAAUCACAGUCAACACAACAAAUUUGUCCAUCACUCUCAACAACCUACAAGAGUACGUAGAGUAUAACAUCUCAGUGAGAGCGUACACCAAUGUGGGACCUGGACCUUACAGUGUGGGGAUUAUCAAUAGGACACUUGAGAAUGCUCCUUCUGGUUCACCAACAAUUGAUAAUGUUAUGUCACUGUCACCCACGGAGAUCCAAGUUACAUGGAUUGCAAUUCCUGAAAUAGAACAGAAUGGAGUCAUCACUCGUUAUGAAGUGUUGUACAGGAGUACUUUAGAUUUCACUAUCGGAAGUGUUUCCACUAUGGAUGGAGAUACAUUCACUGCAAACAUUACCGAGCUGGAAGAGUCCGUUGUGUACAAUAUAACUGUGAGAGCUUACACCGUGGUUGGACCCGGACCCUUCAGUGAAGUAGCCAUGGAAAGGACAGGAGGGGCAGCUCCUGCUAGUCCACCUCAGAAUGUGACGGCUACUGUGUUGUCCUCUACUGAGAUUCAAGUGAACUGGACUGAAGUUACUGAGAUAGACCAGAAUGGAAUCAUCUCCGAAUACGAAGUCAUGUAUGAGCCACUAAUUACAUUUGGUGUGCUCAAUACAACAACAACAAUAACAACGAUGAACUUGUUUACCGUUCUCUAUGAGCUGGAAGAGUACGUGGAGUACAACAUCUCGGUGAGAGCUUACACUAAUGAUGGAGCAGGACCCUACAGUGUGGGUGUUGUCAGGAGAACAUUUGAGGAUGUGCCAAGUUCUCCACCUAUUGAUGUCAAUACCAUUUCUGUAUCCUCCACUGAGAUCAGAGUGACAUGGCAAGAAGUUGAAGCAAUUGAUCGGAACGGAAACAUCACUCAUUAUGAAGUGAUGUACAACGGAAAGUUUGAUGACAUGAAUCAAAGUAACUUCACUGACGGCAACAUUCAAAAUUUCACUAUCACUGGAUUAGACGAGUUUUCUGAGUACAAUAUCUCAGUAAGAGCUUACACCAGUGUGGGACCCGGACCUUAUAGCCAAGCAGAAAAGGAAGUAACAGAGGAAGAUGUUCCAGCCAGUCCACCUCUGAAUGUGAUAGCUUCUGUGCUGUCUUCCACUGAAAUCCAAAUGAACUGGACAGAAAUUCCUGAAAUGGAACAGAAUGGAAUCAUCAUUGAAUACGAAGUCAUGUAUGAACCACAGAUGACCUUUAAUGGCGUACUUACUACAAGAUCAGUCAACACUACAAACAUUUUUGUAACUCUGACUGGUCUGCAAGAGUAUGUGGAGUACAGCAUCUCAGUGAGAGCUUACACUCGUGUUGGACCAGGACCUUACAGUGUGGAGAUUUUUAGGAGAACUCUGGAAGACGUGCCUGGCUCUUCUCCCAGGAACCUCCAAGUGAUAGCAACAGGACCUACCUCUCUCAAUGUUUCAUGGGAGCCACCAGUAGAGAUGGACAUCAAUGGCAUUCUCACCAACUACACAAUCGAGUACUACAUAACUGAAGAGGAAAACAGUGCUCAUGAUGUUAUGGUGGUCUCUAGUGCAACAUUCACUGUUUCACUAGAAAAUCUUAACAACUUUACUAUCUACAAUGUAUCUGUCUCGGCUAACACAGUAGUAGGCAGGGGUCCUAUAACUGAGAGGACUCAACGUACCGACGAAAAUGUUCCUGGUGAGGCUCCUCAAAAUGUUACUGUGAACAGCGAAUCGUCGACUAGUAUAAGAGUCGAAUGGGACCCUCCACGAGAAAAUUUUCAGUUUGGGAUUAUUCGGUCUUAUAUUGUGCUGUACAGAGUCACUAUGGAAACAGACCCGGCAAUGGCAAUCAAUGUGACCAAUCGCUCAUUGAUUAUUGAGAGCUUGAUGGAAUUCACCAACUACUCUGUGGAGGUCACAGCUGUAACAGUAGGAGAAGGACCUUACAGUGAUCCUGUCACUGUGGUAACAGAUCAAGACAUUCCUGGAGUUGUCGCCCGGCCACCAGAUAAUCAAUCCGUAAUAUCUCCUUUCUCGGCCAAUGUUUCCUGGAAUCCACCUGUUGACCCAAAUGGUAUCAUCACUCAGUACACCGUAAACUAUUUCAUUGUGUCCAAUGAUACAAUGAGCACCCGGAGACGAAGGCAGGUACCAAUGCCAACUGUCAUUGAUCCCGUUUGUGUGGUUGGAGGUAUGGAGAACAUCAAUAGGAAUAUCAGUGUUACUGGGGAACUUACUUUUACCAUUUUGGAAAACCUCACUCCUUACACCGUGUACGAGUUCAGAGUGCAGGCAGAGACUUCUGUGGGGCCUGGACUCUUUUCUCUACCGAGGUCGUUUUGUACACCUGAAGAUGUACCGACUGAGCCAAGAAGUCUGUCAGUCCAGACACUUAGCUCCACCUCUCUUGAAGUCACUUGGGAGUCACCUCGGUGCAACUUUGGGGUCCGUACUGGCUACAACGUUUCACAUGAUCCGAUAAUGGGUGCCUUUUUGGGAACUGUUGGCACCCUGAGCAAUCCAUCUAUCCAGAGUGACCCUAAUGCAGGCAAUAUAACUAUCACAGGACUGUCUCCCUUCACCAACUACACUGUCAGCAUAUGUGCGUUGACCUCUGCUGGAUGUGGUAACAUAUCUUCAAAUACUUCUCAAACCAAUGAAGAUGUACCAAGUUCUCCACCUAGUAAUGUCAGUGCUAUGGCAGUGUCCUCUACUGUGAUCAGUGUAAUGUGGCAAGAAGUUGCAGCAAUUGAUCGGAACGGAAUCAUCAUUCAUUAUGAAGUGAUGUACAACGGAGAGUUUGAUGCCAUGAAUCAAAGUAACUUCACUGAUGGAAACAUACGAAUUUUAAAUAUCACUGGAUUGGACGAGUUUGCAGACUACAAUAUCUCAGUGAGAGCUUACACCAGUGUGGGACCAGGACCUUACAGCCAAGCGGAGAGGGAAAUGACAGAGGAAGAUGUCCCAGACCUCCCACCUCGAAAUGUGACGGCUAAUGUGCUGUCCUCUACUGAAGUCAGAGUGAAUUGGACUGACAUUCCUGAGAUAAACCGGAAUGGAAUAAUUAUCUUUUAUGAGGUCCUCUAUGAACAACUCAGUAUCUCUACUGCGACAAUAGUCAACACUUCAAACUUGUUCAUCAUACUCAAUGACCUGGAACCAGGUCAGAUAUACAACAUAUCAGUGAGAGGUGUCACAAAUGUGGGAUCUGGACCCUACAGUACUCCAGAGCAAAUGGUUUUGACAGACGAAGACACUCCUGGUCCUGUACCUCCACCGGCCCCACCCAGUCCCAAUGACACCACAGCCACUUCAGUACUCGUCAGCUGGACCCGUCCGCCCAAUGCAAAUGGAGUAAUUCGCAACUACACUAUCAAUUUUGUAGCUGUUCGUCUAAUGUCUGAGCCAAGCAGCGCUAGAAGGAAGAGACAGACUGUAGACAAUACCACUCUCGACAAUUCACUUGACAACUGUAUUGUUGGUGGGCAGGACAUGGUCAAUAGGUUUCAAACAGUCCCUGGGGAACAAAACUCUGCUAAUCUAACAAAUUUAACACCGUAUACAGUGUAUGAGUUCAGAGUUCAGGCAGCUACAGAUGUUGGUGUUGGAAAUUUUUCUACUACCACACAAUUCUCUACAAUGGAGUCAGUUCCUAGUGCUCCUCGCAACCUGACGGUGACCUAUGAUGCUAAUAAUUCAACCAUCCUAGAAAUUGAAUGGAUACAACCACUGUGUGAUAAUGGCAACAGGAUACAUUACAUAGUUAACUACUCUUCUAUUGAGAGCGAUGGAGAAACUGGGUGUCCUGUGAGUGGACAAAUGUACGCAGCUGAUAGCGAUUCGCUCACAGUGAAUAGUCUCACACCAAACACUGCCUAUAAUGUGAGUAUCAUGGCGUUCACAAGUGCAGGAGGGGGUGUUCCAGAAGUUGAAAUUGGCAGGACAAAUGAGGAUGCUCCUCCUGCUGUGAUGUCAUUGGUACUCAUUUCUUUAACGAAUGACGACAGUGACAGAAAUGUCUCAGUCAUUGUAUCCUGGAUCAGACCUUCCAACAGGAGCGGCCCUUAUAGUUAUCGCAUCAAUUCCACUGGAACACAGAUGGGGGCAUACGUGGAAACUGUGGUAGAUUCAAGAACUGUGAAUAGUAGUGACACUGGCGAGAAUACCACAACUUAUAUGUUUAAUGGUUUGGCAUCUGCUGUCUACACUAUUGCUGUAAGUGCUGUCAACAUCAAGACUGGCCGUUCAAGUCUUCAAAUCACAACAAUGAAUACCACAGUGUCAAUAGCUCCUACUUCGGUGAACAAUUUGAAUGCAGUUGCUGUAAACUCUACAGCUUUAAGAGUCACUUGGGACCAGCCAAGUUUCCCCAAUGGUGCAAUAACACGAUAUGAUAUUUAUUAUAGAGAAUCAUCUAACACCGAUCCGCAAUCAAUUCAGUUAGGAGAGCCACAAAAUGAAGAAGUGCUUAUUAAUGGUCUCAAGCCAUUUACCUUUUACUCCAUAUCCGUGCAAGCGGUUGGUGCGUCAGGCCUUAAGAGUCCAGUCAUGGGAGAUGUGCUUAUGAGAACUAACUCAGCCAUACCCCCGAUCAUUGUGCUGCCAACGGAUGAACCCACCCCUGAAGCAACUGCUAUCACCAUCACCAUCAACCUUCCUUCUGCAAAUUUUGUCACAGGGCCGCUACAAUUCUAUGGUGUGGUUGUUGAUCUAACUCCUAAUGAUGAUUCAGACUUAGAAAAGGGCUAUCCUGGUAUCGGCCCAUACCCAUACAUGCCAGAAGCGCCGUAUUACAUUGCAGGGGCUUGGACCAACUCAACCGAAAUACCAGGCUCGUUCACUGUUGGUGAUGGAAGCACCACUACUGCCAAUGGGGAGAACUAUGUCAAUGUUGCUCUAAAAGCUGAUACUUUGUACUCAUUUUUGGUCAGAGUGGAGAUAGUAUCGGACAAUAGCCAGCCUUUGGUACAGUACUCUCAACAAGUGGUUAUAAUGACACCGCUAAGCUAUAGUCCAGGAGGAGUUGCAGUGGGCAUACUCUUUCUUAUUGCAGCCAUUGUUGCCGCUGUGAUAGGUGUCGUUAUCGGAUUGUGGUGGUACAGGAAGAAGUAUUACUUGCAUAAGUUGCACGGUUAUGCUGAGAAUGAUUUAGAGUUCGAAGAUACAUCUGGACAAUACACUAUUGCCAACGAAAGCUUGGUUUCUCAUAAUAUCAGCAAUUUUGUUCACGUCGGUACUCUGGAGCCCAUACCUGUGUCCCAUUUUAAAGCUCAUGUGAACAAGAUGCACGCAAACGAUGACUACCUCUUUUCAGAAGAAUAUGCUAAUGUGGAGCCCACCCAUUCUCCUACCACUGAAGCCACACAUUUCCCUUACAACACUCCCAAGAACAGAUAUGCCAACAUUCCAUCCUAUGAUCACUCCCGUGUAAGGCUGUCAGAGAUCCCCAACAGGCCAGGCUCAGACUACAUCAAUGGCAACUACAUUGACGGCUACCACCAACCGAAUGCCUUCGUAGCCACUCAGGGUCCAGUCCCGGACUCUGUUAAUGACUUCUGGAGGAUGGUGUGGGAGCAAGGAGCGGCUACGAUUGUCAUGGUUACUAACCUGCAGGAGAAAGGAAGGAUUAAGUGCCACCAGUACUGGCCUGAUGACCGGGGGUGUGAAUAUGGUGGUAUUCAAGUACACAUCCAAGAGAUUCUCACUCUAGCCGACUACACUGUAAGGACCUUCUCCGUACAGAAAAAGGACUCCAAAGAGGAGCGUAUACUUACACAGUUUCACUACACUGUGUGGCCCGAUCAUGGUGUUCCUGAUAACCCCACUCCUUUGCUCCACUUUGUGCGAAAAGUGACCUCCACCAACCCAACUAACGCUGGGCCCAUCGUGGUCCACUGCAGUGCUGGUGUAGGAAGGACUGGCACGUUCAUCACACUGUUUUCUCAGCUCAAAAUGAUUCGAAUGGAGCACAAGAUUGACCUAUUUGGAUUUGUAAGAUCAAUGAGAUACAAUCGCUGCUGUAUGGUGCAGACAGAGCUCCAGUAUGUCUUUGCCCAUGAUGCGCUAUUGGAGGCGGUGGAAUGUGGUGUGCAUGAGGUAGCGGCCAGAGAUCUCAAGGAGCAGUACAAGAAACUUGGUGCACUGGACAGUACUCUUGGUCUAACUAAGCUGGAAGUGGAGUUUGACAAUUUAGACGGGACCAUUCAUCGUCGUCCUACCAAGAACGUUGGCACUCUGAACAUCAACAAGUUCAAAAACAGAUAUGCCAAUGCUGAAAUGAUCCCAUAUGACAGCACAAGGUGUCGAUUGAGUUUCAUUCCUGGGGUAGAUGGCUCGGACUACAUCAAUGCCAAUCUCAUUGCGGGGUAUCAUAAGCGGUGUGCAUUCAUAGCCACGCAGGCUCCACUCCCGGACACUGUUGAAGAUUUCUGGAGGAUGGUGUGGGAGAAGCAGUCAGCUACCAUUGUGAUACUCACUCAGGAAAGAGAAGCAGGGAAGGUCAAGUGUCAUCGCUACUGGCCCAGCACUGGAGCUGAAAACUAUGGAUCUCUGCAAGUCAUACUUCAUGCCGUUAGUGAGUAUCCUGACUACACUCUGAGGGAGCUCAAGAUCAUAGAUAUCAAGGAUGGGUCGAGUCUACCAGUGAAGCAGUUCCAAUACACUGGAUGGCCAGAGGAGGGAGUGCCUGACAGCGGGUCAGGGUUCAUCGACCUCAUUGGUCAGGUGCAGAAAUGGCAGAGGAGCUCUGGAGACAAGCCAAUCGUGGCCCACUGCAGUGGAGGGACUGGACGCACGGGAACCUUUAUUGCCGUCAGCAUCCUCCUGGAGAGGCUCAAGACAGAAGGGGUGGUGGAUGUAUUCCACACUGUGAGGGGUCUAAGGCUACAAAGACCUGGGAUGGUGCACACUGUGGAUCAAUAUGAGUUUGUCUACAAGACCGUUCUGGAGUAUUUGGAUUCAUUUGAACUGUACGCUAAUUUCAAGUAGGAAUAGUACUAAUUAUGAUUGUAGUAUAAUUUUUUUAACUGUAAGUUUUACCAAUCAUCACUAUUAUAAUCCAUUUUUAACCAAAACAAUUUUUGCUGAUUACAUACAGUAGGUUUAGUUUUGUCUCAAAAAAGAUAUGUAUAUGUAUGGUAUUUACUAAUAAUUAUCUCUUAUGUUGUUUAACUUGGUUAA